AUGAAUGAAUUUCGUAGUUUGUCAAUAACGUAUUCGACAAGAUGCCUGAAAGUCCUAAUUAGUGAAAUUGUUAAAGAAAAGAAACUGUUACAUGAUGAAGCUUAUAAGAAAUUUGAAGAAGAGAAGAAAUUGAAGAAAGAGUUAAUUAAAAAUAUCCAAGCUGAAGAAUCAUCUGCGAUUAUGACGAAAUCAUUGACUACUAAACAG